UGCUGAACACACCGCAGGACAGGCCGGGGAGCAGACAGACAGACAGACAGGCCGGGGAGCAGACAGACAGACAGGCCGGGGAGCAGACAGACAGACAGGCCGGGGAGCAGACAGACAGACAGGCCGGGGAGCAGACAGACUGACAGGCCGCUGAACAAGCUCACAUUAAGCCUUGCUCUGAAUCUCUCCGGUAACUUGGGAGCUUUUUUUCGGAGGCAGAGAGGGUGUGUCUGUCUUUUAUUGUCCCAUUUUACCGCUGGAAAACUAACACGACGGGAUUGUUUCUUCUCACUUGGCAUCAUGUCCAGGUCAGACUACCCUCCAGGGUAUAAUGACUCUCACGGCCUGCUGUACCAACCACAGGGCGGGAAUUACCCACCACCUCCUGCCUAUGGCUUCCCCACCUAUGGUGGUCCGCAGCCAGGCCAGCCAUCUGCUCCCUACCCCACCGCUCCAAACCCCCAUUCCUACCCAGGCCAGCCAGGGGGCUACCCUCCUGGCCCGUACCCAGGACAGCCUCACCCAGCUGGGCCUCCAGGAGCAGGCUACCCCAGUCACCCUCCCAUGCCUCCUGUUAUGCCACCGACCAUACCGUCAGAUAUCCUGACCUCCGGUGAUGAGUUCGCGGCGAGCGGCAGCGGUUGGGACAGUCUGAGCAUUCGGCACGCCUUCAUCAGAAAGGUGUAUUUGAUUUUGGCGUCUCAGCUCCUCGUCACCACAGCCAUUGUGGCUGUAUUCACGUUUGUCCAACCUGUCAGAUAUUUCGUGCAGCGAAACCAAGCCAUCUACUGGGCGUCAUAUGCUGUGUAUAUCGUCACCCACCUCGUGCUGGUCUGCUGUAAGGGCCCCCGGAGGAAGUUCCCAUGGAACGUCAUUCUGCUGUUCAUCUUUACUCUGGCUUUGUCCUACAUGACUGGAUCCAUAUCCAGUUACUACAACACAAAAGCAGUGUUUCUCGCUCUGGCUAUCACUGCCGUCGUCUGCAUCGCCGUCACCGUCUUCUGCUUCCAGACAAAGGUCGACUUCACUAAGUGCCAGGGUCUCUUCUGUGUGCUGGGGAUCGUGGUGUUUGUGACCGGCAUCAUUACAACCAUCGUGCUCUCCUUCAAAUAUAUUCUGUGGCUUCACAUGCUUUAUGCAGCUUUGGGAGCCAUAGCCUUCACUAUGUUCCUGGCGUACCACACACAGCUGCUGAUAGGGAACAGGAAGCACUCCAUCAGUCCAGAGGAGUACGUGUUCGCCGCACUCUCAAUCUACGUCGACAUCAUCCAGAUCUUCCUUUUCCUGCUGCAGAUUAUCGGAGCUUCGACUAAAUAAGUCAAGAAGGUUACCGCUGGGUUUCCACAAAAUCAUUCCGUGCUUUUUUGAAACCUUUUGCUUGAUUUCAGUCAGAAUCAGAUUAAAUUUAUACAAUCAUGGUGCACAUCAGGGAACAUAUCAAAGGGCUGAAUUUGAGAUUUUGUCAUAGUGUAGGAAGAUUAAUCCUACACGCAAAAAAUGCACUUUUUCUGAAAUCUGUAUCUGUCUGUAGCUGCAUUAAGCGACUUACAAGUGGUUAGCGAAGCAUAUAAAUACUACAAUAUAAAUAUCUAUUGACAUUGGAAAGUCCGCCGCAACAUUUAUUCACUCUUGCCGGACUUCAGUUAAGGCCGAAAGUGUUUUUCUCUGCAUGUAAAUACUAAUACUACUACUGCUACACAUGAACUGUUGAAAAUGGGCAAAUAUGUUUAUUCCAAUGUGCAAAGUCAGAUUUGCCAACACCAUCUCUCUUGUUGCCUUUUGAACUACAGACGGGGUGGGCAUCGUCCAAAAAUUUAAUUUCAAUCCGAUUACAAGUAGUACCAGGGCCCGGAUCACGAUAUCCAUACUGAUAUUGAUUUAUUCAUAUUUAUUUUUAUUAUUUAAAGCAGCUGUACUUUCAUGUUGGGGCAGAAAUGUGUCAUGAUUUAUGACAUGAAUGAAUCAUUAAUAGGCAACUUCUAAAUACGUUUCAAUUAGCACAGAAUGAGAUCAAGUAUUUCUUUUUAGUAUUCUCUGUAAAUUACUCAAAAGGGGAUAGUUUGACAUUUUGGGAACUACGGUGGCCCUGAGAGUUCAGCGCACUGCAACUUAAGAAAACACAUGCAAAUAGACGAAACACGCGCACAUUUAGAAAACAUCAUCAGUUUGACAACACGUGCGCUGCAAAUACUCACAACACAACCAGAUACACACAAACAAGUAGCACAGACCUGAACGUGUUUCCAGGGGACACAAUAAAGUGAUGAACCCGACCGGAAACACACCUGUUGUGCUCGUCUGUGCUACUUGCAGCAAAUGUGUGUGUCUGGUUGUGUUGUGAGUAUUUGCAGCGCACGUGUUGUCAAAUUGAUGAUGUUUUCUAAAUGUGCGUGUGUUUCGUCUAUUUGCGUGUGUUUUCUUUAGCUGCGGUGCGUUGAGCUCUCCGGGCCACCGUAAGGAACCCGUAUUUGCUUUCCUUGCUGAUUUAGGCGAUAAGACUGAUACUAUUCUUAUAUCUACUCUAAAAUUAUCUUUGUUAGCUUUGCAUAGAGACUGGAGACAGAGGGAACCAUCUGGCCUGGCUCUGUCCAAAGAUUAAAAAUAAAAUCAGCUUACCAGCUCCGCUAGUCAACACAGUGUCACUUGUUUGUUUUAUUCAUAAAAUAAACAAAGUGUCAAAACAUCAGAUUAUGCUUUUACAGGAAUUAUGUGCUGGACAUUUUCUUGAUCAUGAGCUGUAAAUCCCCUAAAUCUCAACUGGAUGUGUUGUUUUUACACUUUUUUUUUUUUAAAAGAUUGAACAAACAAAAUAUAAUGUGUUUAUCUGUGAGUGUUUCCGGUUGGUAGGUGGAUUUUAUUGACUUUGGAGAGUCAGACUGUUUCCCCCUCUUCCAGUCUUUAUGCUAAGCUAAGCUAAGCUAGCUGCGACUGCUAGCUCACCUUAGUUUCAUAUUUACCGUUCAGACAUGAUGGAUGUUACAACCAUCUCAUCUAGUUCUCAGAAGUAUUAUCAGUUGAUUUCUCAUAAGUGUAGAACAAAUACUUUAAUUAUAGGCAGGUUAAAAGGUAAAUAAACAUUAAGUGUGAACUCUUUAAACUAGCACACACAGACAACCGCAGCUGAAAAGCUAACAGUGCUGCCCUGAGAGGAGUGUUGGUACCAAAAAUGUGAUGUUACAUGCUGUAACAUUUGGUAUUGAUCCUAAUGACACUUUAUGGAUGAAACACUUAUUUGUAGUAUCAAUACUUUGGGAUUGAGUGCCCACCCCGGAGGUACAGCUGCUGUACAUGUGUUUCUCUAUUGUCAUUAUUUACAUACAUCACUAUAGUGCCUUCACAAUGACAAUGUUUGUGAGAUUACAUUUUUUACUUUAAGAAGUACAGGGUUUGUACUUAAAGAGCUUUUAUAGUAUUGUUACAUACUGUAUGUGCCUGUUUGUAAGUUCCUCUGUUACAGUCAGAUUUGGGUCACAUACUGAGAGCGGCAGCCGGGUGGGUUUGUCAGCACAAUCGGCGCCACAGUGUUAACUUAUUGCACCACUGUUCAAAACCUCUUGCCAUGAUUAACCCCACCCGGCUGGUCCUCCACACACACCACGACUCAUAGAAAGUAAUGACCCAAGCCGAAGUUACAUAUAACCCUUGAUUCUAAACAAAUACGGCAGAACAUUUUGACUGUGUGGCAUAGAUAGUGAGUUGGUAUGGGUUUGUAAAUAUACAUAUCAAUGCUGAAGAAAAUCUGUUUGCCUUUUCAUAUCAAAUAAAAGAUUUUUAUUUGA